ACACACACACACACACACACACACACACACACACACACACACACUUCCCUCUUCAUCCUUUACAGCCCACCAGAAGCUGUGAAUGGUAGACAGCUCCUCGUAUUUCGCUCCGCUGGCGAGCACCGCGCCAGUCAGAGUGGAGAGCGAGCAGAGCGCACAGCCACAGCCAGCGACCUUCUGUUGUCAUGUAAAACAUCCGGAAGAAAAGUGGAUAUUUUUAAAUAAACGAAUAACAUCAGGGCUUUAAAAGCGCUGACAUACGCGUGAUUUUUUUUUUUUUUUCUAUUCCUAGGAUUUACUGUGCGCGCUAAAGUGGCCAUGGCGCAUUUUACGCACUGCAGGUAACCAGUGUUUUGGAGGCUCAAACAAUCAAAAACAUGGAUUAAACAGCAAGUUAUUUCCCCUUUUAUAUCAGGAGAGCUCAAAUGGCGGCACUUCGUAGGAAAUUUGGCGAAGACUACCAGGUGGUUAACACAAAUCGAGCUACCACUUUUUCUGCUCCGGUCAAGAAGAAACGCCAGCGCUUCGUGGACAAGAACGGUCGCUGCAAUGUGCAGCACGGAAACCUCGGUGGAGAGACCAGCAGGUACCUCUCUGACCUCUUCACCACUUUGGUAGACCUAAAGUGGCGAUGGAACCUGCUCAUCUUCAUCCUAACUUACACCAUCGCCUGGCUGGUCAUGGCAUCUAUGUGGUGGAUCAUCGCUUAUAUCAGAGGGGAUCUCAAUCACGGCCACGACUCGACCUACACCCCCUGUGUGGCCAAUGUUUACAACUUCCCCUCAGCUUUUCUGUUUUUCAUCGAGACUGAGGCCACGAUCGGCUACGGUUACCGGUACAUUACCGAGAAGUGCCCGGAAGGCAUCAUCCUGUUCUUGUUCCAGUCGCUGCUGGGCUCCAUAGUGGACGCCUUUCUCAUCGGCUGCAUGUUCAUAAAAAUGUCCCAACCUAAGAAACGCGCAGAGACGCUCAUGUUCAGUCAGGACGCGGUGAUUUCACAGCGAGACGGCAAACUGUGCCUCAUGUUCCGUGUGGGCAACCUGCGGAACAGCCACAUGGUGUCCGCUCAGAUCAGGUGCAAACUCAUAAAGUCUCGUCAGACGCCCGAGGGCGAGUUCCUGCCUCUGGACCAGUGUGAAUUGGAUGUUGGUUUUGGGACGGGGGCAGACCAGCUCUUCCUGGUGUCCCCUCUCACCAUUUGCCACGAAAUCAAUCCCAAGAGCCCCUUUUUUGACCUAUCCCAGCGCUCUCUCAUGAACGAACAGUUUGAGAUCGUGGUUAUCCUCGAGGGCAUCGUGGAGACCACUGGUAUGACAUGCCAGGCACGGACAUCAUAUACUGAGGAUGAGGUUUUAUGGGGUCAUCGUUUCCUGCCGGUGAUGUCCCUGGAGGAGGGCUUUUUCAGGGUAGACUACUCGCAGUUCCACAGCACGUUCGAGGUACCGACACCACCAUACAGCGUCAAGGAGCACGAAGAGAAGAAUUCACUGCCCUCACCUCUUUCUACUCCAACCCCCGCACUGACUGAGAGCCACGGCGCCCGACGUGACCGGGUGUUUUCCGUGGAUUGCAUCAACACAUCAGAGGAAAGGGGCCGUCACGGAGGGACUGGGGGUCGACUGCCAAGCAAGCUGCAGAGGAUGAGUUCAUCAGGGAAGGAGGACCUGCAGAGGAAGGUGCUUAUGCUCAGCUCCCAGCACUCGGAGAAGGCCUGCAGCACGGGAGACCUGCCCUUAAAGCUCCAACGCCUCAGCUCCUCGCCGGGACCCGAGGUGGAGGAUCGACUGCAACUCAAGUCCCUCAAGGUGGGCUUUGAACCCAUGACCCAGUCUACUGGAGACCUGUACCAGCGCAGCCUAGCGCCCACGCUGUCCCCUGCUCCGGUCCCCAUGCACAGCCCGCUGCUUUCAGCUGGAGGGAGGCCAGAGGACAACUUGCCGGCGAAGCUACGGAAGAUGAACGCUGACCGCUAAAACAUAGACAGUCCCUGAACACAAAAACAGACUUACUGACCUCGGACCACAGACAGACAGGGAGAGACGUGCAUGGAAACAGAUUCAGAGAUGUACUUAACUUUGGAGGCUCUGAAAAAAACAGAUGGUUUACUGACAAUUUAUUGGUUUGUUUGUUUUUUUCUUGAGACACAACCUUUACUGGAAUUACUGUGAUUCUUUGUGUUUCAUAGCAGAAGCAUUCAUGCAGGCUUUGUUACACACAAAACAAGAAGAAAACACAAACUUAAUGCUUAAUGCGAACUUGAUCAUCCUGCAAAAGUUGUGCAUGUAUACACCGAAUUCAUUGUUUAACAUAUGCACCACUACACUUAAUAGUCAAUCUUAGUUUUAUCUAAAUAUAAAUUAUAUUAAGAUGAUAAUAAAUACUGUUUGAUCUUU